UAGAACAUGACAACAUCAAGGUCAUGGGCUCGAUUCCUAAUAAACACACUGCAGUUAAUCACAAUAUUGAGAGGUUGUUACAUUUCUAUUGCGUAAAAGGACUUCAGGUACAGUUACAUGUCCUGCUGUCGCUUUUUGUUGACGAAAUAUCACACCCAUCUGCGUUGACAUUUGGAGGAGGAGCAGGUGGCACUUACAUAUUUGAAACUGUUCAAGGUGCCCAAGAAGACAAGAAACUCCAACAUAAAAAUACUGAAGUGGAAAAUGUCGUUUGUGUCCACGUCUCUCUUUCGCAGCGCUGAUGCUUUUCGCAACUCUAGAGCACUGAUGAACACAAAUGAAGAUUUUUAGAAGAACAUUUCAGCUCUGUGGAUCCAUACAAUGAACCAGUGAAUGCUGACCAACAUACUGAAGCUCAAAAAGCAUAUAAAGGCAGCUUAAAAGUAAUCCAUACGACUCCAGUGGUAAAAUACAUGUCUUCAGAAGUGAUAUGCUGGUGCGAUAUGCCCAGACUGCUGCUGCCCCUGCCCCUGAGCCAAGAAUAAAGAAAUUUCAGAUUUACAGAUGGGACCCUGACACACCUGGUGACAAGCCACGCAUGCAAACCUAUGAAAUUGAUUUGAACACAUGCGGUCCGAUGGUUCUUGAUGCCCUCAUCAAAAUUAAAAAUGAGAUCGACCCGACACUGACCUUCAGACGUUCUUGUAGAGAGGGUAUCUGUGGUUCAUGUGCUAUGAACAUCAACGGGGGCAACACGUUAGCCUGUUUAAACAAAAUUGAUUCAAAUACCAGCAAAGUGACAAAGAUUUACCCUCUUCCUCACAUGUAUGUUGUGAAAGAUCUUGUCCCUGAUAUGAGCAACUUUUAUGCACAGUACAAGUCCAUUGAGCCUUAUCUGAAGAAGAAGGACGAGUCAAAACAGGGAAAGGAACAGUACCUCCAGUCAAUCGAGGACCGUCAAAAGCUGGAUGGCCUGUAUGAAUGCAUCCUCUGUGCGUGCUGCAGCACAAGUUGUCCUAGUUAUUGGUGGAAUGGAGAUAAAUAUCUUGGCCCAGCUGUGCUUAUGCAGGCAUAUAGGUGGAUGAUUGACUCUCGUGAUGACUUUACAGAAGAGCGUCUCUCCAAAUUACAGGAUCCUUUCUCCCUUUACCGCUGUCACACAAUAAUGAACUGUACAAAGACAUGUCCCAAGGGACUCAAUCCUGGAAAAGCCAUCGCACAAAUUAAGAAAAUGAUGGCAGUUUAUAAAGAAAACCGAUAAUCUGCUAGCUGAUUUGUAUAUUUGGAAAAUAACACACCCUGUGUACACAUUGAUUUCAGUUCAUUUAAAUUAUUGUGUAAAUAGGUAAAUUCAUCACAAAGUGUUCCAAUAAUAAGAAAUAUUAAGUGUUUGCUUGUCAUGUCCGUUAAUGCAGACCUCACAUUCUGGAAUAUAAAAAAUGUUUUUGAAAAAAAAAAAGAAGAAGAAGAAGAAAAACAAACAGCCCUCAUAUGUGUUUGGAUAUAUUAAUCAAAAAGAGAGUGUGUGUAUGUCUGUGUGUGCAAACAUUUUUUAAGUUAGCAAAAUAGCCUAAAAUGUACUUUCUGUGCUCUGCAAAAAAUAAAUAAAUAUAUAAAAGGACUA